AAAGGUUAGGGGUCCAGAUUCCUUCGCAUGGGCGUAGUUCUAUCCUCCCAGCAGUGCCCCUCCUCCCCUUCGGGCUCCCGGCUUGAAUUACGCUUCCGGGGGAAGGCGGCCUUGGUUAGCUUGGAAGAAUGUAUUUCCGGGUUGAGCCCAGGGAGGUGGGAAGAGGCGGCGUUUCCGGCGACCGUCGCUGCCCUAGGAGGCUGAGGCGAGAGGGAGCUGUCCAGGUUGGGAGCCCGCACAACCUUCUUUCUCUUCCUCCUCCUCUGGGUGAGGGGAGCGAAGGUUGGGCCCCGACCCCAUGGACCGGGAGGAGGCGGAGGCCGCCGAUAGCUGGGGCCCCGCUGUGCGGCCCUGAGCCCCGUGUACUGGUUCUGCGUAUGCGGAAGGCCAUGGAGAAGAGACUGGGAGCCAAGCCAAGUCCUGCUUCCUGGAUUUUAUCAAGAUAUUGUUGGCAGACACCCGUGAAGUGGUUGAGAAACCUGUACCUGUUUUAUACUUGUUUCUGCUUCAGUGCUCUGUCAUUGUCAACAGGUGCCAGUGAGAGCAGGUGCCAGCAGGGGAAGACACAAUUUGGAGUUGGCCUGAGAUCUGAGGGAAAAAAUCACCUCCGGCUUCUUGAAGGAACCCUCUCUCUCCAGUCAUGUUGGGCUGCCUGCUGCCAGGACUCUGCUUGCCAUGCCUUUUGGUGGCUAGAAGGGAUGUGUAUUCAGGCAGACUGCAGCAGGCCCCAGAGCUGCCGGGCUUUUAGGACAGGCUCUUCCAAUUCCAUGCUGGUGUUUUUAAAAGAAUUUCAAACUGCAAAUGAUUUGGGCUUUCCACCUGAAAAUGACGUACUACAUAUUCUGGGGCUAGGUUGGGGCAGGGCAUCUUGGAGGAGGCUGAGCCCACCCAGAGCGCCACUCGUACCUGCUGUAUCUUCCAGUGACCAGCACAGCUUAAUCAGGAAGCUUCAGAAGAGAGAUAGUCCCAGUGAAGAAGUAGUUACACCUGUAGUCACAAAGAAGGACUCCAAGGAACUAGGUGAUCUGACUCCCAGUGACUCUGCAGAGAUCCACAAGGCAGUUAUAAGUUCCAGUCCCUUAACCAUGAACCUGACUGAAGAGAUUCCUGAUUGGCCAAAGAAUGUAUCAGUCCAGCCUGAGACUUCAGAGGAUCCUGGUAGUAUACCCAGCACUCAGCAAGUAAAAAGUCCUGGGACAACCCAGAUUGCUAACCUGUCAGUGGCUCCCUCCUCCAGUUAUGCUACCCCUACCCCCCAGGCCUCUUUCCAGAGCACUUCAGCACCGUACCCAGUUGUAAAAAAGCUGGUGGUAUCUGCUGGAGAGAGUGUCCAGGUGACCCUGCCUAAGAAUGAAGUUCAAUUAAAUGCAUAUGUUCUCCAAGAACCUCUCGAAGGAAAAACCUACACCUACAACUGGCAGCUGAUUACUCAUCCUAAAGACUACAGUGGAGAAAUGGAAGGGCAACAUUCCCAGAUCCUCAAAUUAUCCAAGCUCACUCCAGGCCUGUAUGAAUUCAAAGUGAUUGUAGAUGGUCAAAAUAGCCAUGGGGAAGGCUAUGUGAAUGUGACAGUAAAACCAGAGCCGCGGAAGAACCGGCCUCCUGUUGCCAUCGUGUCACCACAGUUCCAGGAGAUCUCUCUGCCAACCACUUCUACAGUCAUUGAUGGCAGCCAAAGCACUGAUGAUGAUAAAAUUGUCCAGUACCACUGGGAGGAACUUAAGGGACCUCUGAGAGAAGAGAAGAUUUCUGGAGAUACGGCCAUAUUAAAACUAAGUAAGCUUGUUCCUGGAAACUACAUUUUCAGCUUGACUGUAGUAGAUUCUGAUGGAGCUACCAGCUCUACCACUGCAAGCCUGACAGUGAACAAAGCUGUGGAUUACCCCCCUGUGGCCAACGCAGGCCCCAAUCAAGUGAUCACCCUGCCCCAAAACUCCAUCACCCUGUUUGGGAACCAGAGCACUGAUGAUCAUGGCAUCACCAGCUAUGAGUGGUCACUCAGCCCAAGCAGCAAAGGAAAAGUGAUGGAGAUGCAGGGUGUUAGAACACCAACCCUGCAACUCUCUGCAAUGCAAGAAGGAGACUACACUUACCAGCUCACAGUGACUGACACAAUAGGACAGCAGGCCACGGCUCAAGUGACUGUUAUUGUGCAGCCUGAAAAUAACAAACCUCCUCAAGCAGAUGCAGGCCCAGAUAAAGAGCUGACCCUUCCCGUGGAUAGCACAACCCUGGAUGGCAGCAAAAGCUCGGAUGAUCAGAAAAUUACUUCAUAUCUCUGGGAAAAAACACAGGGACCUGAUGGGGUGCAGCUUGAGAAUGCUAACAGCAGCAUUGCCACUGUGACUGGGCUGCAAGUGGGAGCCUAUGUGUUCACCUUGACUGUCAAAGACGAGAGGAACCUGCAAAGCCAGAGCUCUGUGAAUGUCAUUGUCAAAGAAGAAAUGAACAAACCACCGGUAGCCAAGAUAACUGGGAGUGUGGUGAUUACCUUGCCCAUGAACACAGCAGAGCUGGAUGGCUCCAAGUCCUCAGAUGACAAAGGAAUAGUCAGCUACCUCUGGACUCGAGAUGAGGGGAGUCCAGCAGCAGGGGAGGUGUUAAAUCACUCUGACCAUCAUCCUAUCCUCUUUCUUUCCAACCUGGUCGAGGGAACCUACACAUUUCAUCUGAAAGUGACUGAUGCAAAGGGUGAGAGUGACACAGACCGGACCACUGUGGAGGUGAAACCUGAUCCCAGGAAAAACAACCUGGUGGAGAUCAUCUUGGAUGUCAACGUCAGUCAGCUAACUGAGAGGCUGAAGGGGAUGUUCAUCCGCCAGAUUGGGGUCCUCCUGGGGGUGCUGGAUUCCGACAUCAUUGUGCAAAAGAUUCAGCCGUACACGGAGCAGAGCACCAAGAUGGUAUUUUUUGUUCAAAACGAGCCUCCCCACCAGAUCUUCAAAGGCCAUGAGGUGGCAGCAAUGCUCAAGAGUGAGCUGCGGAAGCAAAAGGCAGACUUUCUGAUAUUCGGAGCCCUGGAAAUCAAUACUGUCACGUGUCAGCUAAACUGUUCCGACCAUGGCCACUGUGACUCAUUCACGAAGCGCUGUGUCUGUGACCCUUUUUGGAUGGAGAAUUUCAUCAAGGUGCAGCUGAAGGAGGGAGACAGCAACUGUGAGUGGAGUGUGUUAUAUGUUAUCAUUGCUUCCUUUGUCAUUGUUGUUUCCUUGGGAAUCCUGUCUUGGACUAUGAUCUGUUGUUGUAAGAGGCAAAAAGGAAAACCCAAGAGGAAAAGCAAGUACAAGAUGCUGGAUGCCACGGACCAGGAAAGUCUGGAGCUGAAGCCAACCUUCCGAGCAGGCAUCAAGCAGAAAGGCCCGGUGCCGAGCAGCAGCCUGAUGCACUCCGAGUCAGAGCUGGACAGCGAUGAUGCCAUCUUCACGUGGCCAGACCGAGAGAAGGGCAAACUCCUACAUGGUCAGAAUGGCUCCCUGCCCAACGGGCAGACCCCGCUGAAGGCCAGGAACCUACGGGAGGAGAUCUUGUAGCCACCUGGUCUGUCUCCUCAGGGCAGAGAGUGGGCACUGCCAGGCUGGGCUCUCAGACCCCCUGAGUCUGCGGGCAGCUGCUCUCUCAGCACCCUGACUCUUCGGACCAGAACUGCUGGUACUUGAAUCUAGAGACAUUCCCCAGGAACCCCUGAUGAAGCUGUGAAUUAAGAGAUUUCUUCUUUAAACCUGACUGAUAGGCCCCCAAAAGAUCCUCACCUCAGGGCCUCAUCUUUUGCAAACUCCUUCUCUGCCCCAGGGCUGGACACACUGGCUCCUGGCCUCCUCUCCAGCUCUUCUGUUAGCAGCCUGGCUGCUCGUGAGCACCUGCACGAGGUGAGGAGGCCAGGCUGUGGCCCCGGGAAGUUCUGCUGAGAGCUCCACUCCUCCGCCUUGAGCCUGGGGCACAGAACCGAGCGCCACCAGCCUUCUGUGAGCUGCCUGUGGGCCUGCUCUCUGCUGUCUGUCUCUGGGAUGGAGUGUGCCCUCUCACUAGGCCAAGAGGAAGUGGGCAUCCUGUUCUCUCACCACUGUUGCUGGGAUGGUCGUACAGACCCGAUUUCUGGUGCCCUUAACACUGGAGCCCCACCCCUUUUUCCGUCUGCCCAAGAUUAUGGGAGGACUGGCUGUUUCAGGGCUGCAGAAGCCAUGGGGCCCCUCUGGCUGCUGGGCCUGUGGUGUCGGAGCAGUGGGCUGAUCCAGACUCUCCCCUCCUCUUCCUUGGGCCAGCACUUGCUGCUUCAGGGCUCAGGCCAACGCUCCCUUCCCCAGAGGAGACAACUCAUAUUGACUGGAAUAUUGUGACAUGAGAGUGCAUGUGUGCGACUGCCCCACCGUGUUCUCACAUGCCGUCUGUGUGUCUUCUUGGUGUCCCUUGUGUGUGUACGUUUGAGUGUGUGUGUGGGCAUCAACUCCUCGUAGGGCUCUUGGCUACUUACAAGGCGGACUUGACUUGGAAAAACCCUCAACUCCUUGGAACAGAGACUCCCUAAGUCCCUCUGGCCCCACCAUGGGUUCCUCAGCCAUGGUAUUUGGGUGUUGAGGGACGGGAGCUUUAGGGGAGAGACUUUUUAAAAGACUUACAGUUGAUACUACUGCACUCCUGUCUGUUGUGAAAUGAUUAAACCUGGUAUUUAAUUGUAUGCUGGCC